GAAAUGUUAGCAACUUAUUUUGAAAAGGUGAGGGAAAAAUUUCAGAGAUGUUACCGCGAGAAAAACCUCCAUUAGAGAAGCCUCGUGUUAACAAAUUUACUCGCCCUCAUCGCAAAAUAUUCCUGCUGCUGACGGCCAAGUUAUGUUCUCUUCAGAAAUGCACAAGAGUCUAGCCUUCUACCAUUGAACUAGAUGCUACAUCACUAGAAGAUCCUUUACAUAUCCAUUUCUUGAUCUAUUAUAUGUACAGGAGCUUUUUGGUCCUCGUAAAUGAAAACCACCAGAGCUAUGUCAGAAUGACCUGUGCAAACUUUUCGGGGGCCUUAUGUCGACUCUCUCUUCCUAAUCAGUUACUCCUUUUGGUGUUUGUUUAUGGUGGGGAGAUGAAUAAGAAGGAAGAAAUGGAAGAAGUGUUAUCCAGAAAAAAUGUUUGUUUUAGAGGGGGGGGUUCAUCAGUUCAAUUAUUCUCCUCAGGAGACACUAUAUUAGUAGACAUCAAGGGACUGGUCAAGUUCGAUGAACCAUCACAACAAUGUGGUUUGAAAGUAAGAUACCUGAAGGAUCGACUUUUUCAAGACAGUAGUUUAAUUGUCCGCAAUGUUAAGGAUCAUACUCCUCAACUAGUGUUCAAACCGGAACAAAGUGCUGAAAGUUUGACCGUAGUAACUCUAGCCCCAUUAAUGGAAACUUUAGAGACCCAAGCUGAAGAUUCUUGCUUGAGUAGGAAACGAGAAAGAGCAUAUGAAAAGAACGGAAAGCGGCAUAGAAAGACCUUUGCUAAGGAUUGUGACAGAAAACGAAGAAGAGUUACUGAUGUAGAGAUGGGGAGAGAAAGUGAAGAUGGACCCAAAACAAAGGGGAGACAAGAAGCUAAUCCCAAACAGGGCCCUUCUAUUAGUGAAGAAAGGGAAGAAUCUAUCAAUCUACGGGUGAAAAAAGGCAAUCCUGAAAAUGAUGAAUUGGAACUACUGGCCAAUGACAUUAACCCUGAGGACUGGAAGAAAGUUGCAAGGAAGUUAAAGAUUGAUGAUCCAAAGAUCACAGCGAUACAUAAGGAAAAUGAGGAAUGUUAUGAAAAAAUAUACACAAUGCUGCGAAAAUGGAAACAGAAAAAUGGGAGAGCUGCUACAUGGGAGAAACUGCAUCAGGCACUAGUGGGAGCUGAACUGGGGGAGUUGGCAGAGAAGCAUUGCUGUGAAAAAGUAAACUGAAAGGGACUAUUUGUCAGGAGCAGUUUGUCACCAAACACUAAAAAUUGUCACACUUUGACCUAUGUUAAAAUUUUGCUCCUGCACUUACAAUAUAUUUGUUAGUUAGCCAGGUAAUGAACAAUGGGAUUGGUUCCUCUCUAACUGCAUAACUAUUUUCAAACAGAUGUUCAUGACAUUUAUAAUAAGGAAUGUCGAAAAUGCACCAACACGUUUCCUAAUUAAUCAGCUCCUUUAUUCUAAGAAUCACUCCGCUUAAACUCCAGGCUUAACUAUAGCAUCAACCGACACGAGCGCAUGCAGGAUCACUAUAUUUAACUAACUAGCUACAUGAUACCUAGGAUUACAAAGUACAUUCUGGGAAAUUGAGUGAAGUCAUUUCCGGUCAUACACAACAAAGAACAAUAACCACCAAAAUGAAAUAAGGCAUCGUUCACGGUUCCCAACAGGAAACCGGAAAAUGCUUAUUUUGGUAGACUAUAGUUAGCUGAAUUUGUAAAAGAUAGAACUUAAAGCUAUCUGUACAGGUUUUCCUUCUUAACUUGUAUUAUACUUUUUUUUAUUAUAAUUCCAGUGCUAUAUAGGUAUUUUGUACAAAUUUUGUACUUUUAACCUUCUUCGUUUGUUUUGUAGAUGGUAUUUUAGUCUUAAUUGUCUGAAAAACAAAAUUAGUCAUUUUAUUUUUUUAUCCAUUGAUUUACUAAAAUCUAUUUAGCCAUUCUUUUACCUGGUACUUUCUAGCACUUUGGUUUUACUUUGUUCAUUUGAUUGGCUUCUGGUUUAUUACUUUACCAGAAUUAGAAGGUCACACCUGAGACCAGGAAGCGCUUGUUUUGGUAUUUGGAAAAGAUAGAACUCGAAGCUACCUGUGAAAGCUUUCCUUUUUAAUCUGUAUUCUACUGUUUUAAAAUUAUUUCCAGUGAUAAGUAUUUUUCAAAGAUUUUCUACACUUAACCUUUUUCAUAUGCUUUGUAGAUUGUACUUUAGUCUUAAGAGUCUGAAAAAAAAACUAUCAGACACGAGGUUCAAUUACCACUUUAUUACAUCCAUUUUGAAAACGAAAGACUUUGACGUCAUGUGUCAAAAACUCAGUCAAGUUUAAAAUGAUGCGUUUCAGAGCAAGAAAUGGUGCGAUUCGUGAAUAAAUCACACCAAUUAGAUUCAAUCCGAUUACAGGGACCACCAGCGAUUUCAAAAUGGACGUAAUCUAGUUAGUUAUUCUUUCACGCGGUACUUUCUAGCACUUAGGUUUGACUUUGUCGGUUUAACUAGGUUCUGGUUUAUUAAUUCCCCUGAAUUAUAGAGUCACACCUUGCAUUUCUUAGUCACUCUCUUGGUUGUAGACUGAUCUAUUUAACCAAAUCUUCUCAAAUGUAAUCUGGGCAAGAAAGUUUAGCAAUUUCGUAUGACAAUAGCCGUCAAUUAAGUAAAAGAAAAGUUCUUAAGGAUCUUAUGAUAGAGAUUGCUAGGUUUAAGGUGGCUCGUACCGGUUUUCAUCUUUUUGAUGGAUUGUAACUUUGAAAGAAUACAACAGAAA